CAUUUCACACACAUCCACCGCGGACUCUAGAGGAAUAACUAAACGCUUUUGUUGGUACUUCGCUUUCUUGCUCUGCAUUUUUCCAUAAGUGGCUAAUUUACUUGCUUUUGGAAGUCGAACUGAAAAGCUUUCUCUCUUUGCAAGUUAACCGUAAGGAAUCAAUAAGAGCUUGGCACUCACACGCAAGACUGCAGGGAAAGCUUUCCGGUUUCCCUCGCUGUGUUUCAAGGUAAGAGAAACAUAUAUGAAUGGAAAAAAGACUUUAAAAGCAGUCUGGCUUAUUCCCAGCCAGUAGCGCAAGCUUUGGGAUGCGAAUGCGAGGGCUGAAUUCACAGACAGAUCUCUUUUGUGUUCUGCUGCAUUGCAGUUUAAAACAGUGAAAACGCGAGAGGAGCCAGCGCUCCACAGCAUCUCAAUGAGCCGGACAAAGUCAUUUAAACUGCUCGAAUUUAACUCCCGUUUACUCCUAAAAGGCAUAAAGGAAUAUUUUUGUCCGUGAAAGUGGUGUUAAGACUUAUCGCCGGUGCUGAGCUCUUCACAAAGUGGAUGCUUUAUUUUAUCGUGUUGAAAACGUGACUGGGAAACUAAAAGACUAUUGGCAAUAACAAAGAUUGUUGCCGACGCAGCAUAGGACACAUCAAUAGAAAUUAAUCGGUUUUCGAGACCGUUUGCUUUGGACCAGAGGAAGCUGCAGAUAGAGUGUGAAAGAGAGAGAGAAAGAGAGCGAGAGUCAUGGGGAGCUGGAGCGUUGGCGCAGUGCACUCAGCGGGCUGCUACCUUGUGCUCAUCCUGCAGCUGCUGACUCAGCUCCCGCGCGUUAAUUCAGCGCUACGCUACCGCGUGGCGGAAGAAGGGCCGGCCGAUGUGCACAUAGGAAACGUGGCUGCGGACCUCGGGCUGUCCACCUCUGGGAUUGGGACUGGUGAUGUCACUUUCGCUUUGGAAUCUGGCUCUGAAUACUUCAAAAUUGAUAAUGUGACUGGAGAGCUCACUACAGGUAGCCGGAGGAUUGACAGAGAGAAGCUGCCACAGUGUCAGAUGAUAUUUGAUGAGAAUGAAUGCUUUUUGGACUUUGAGGUGUCCGUCAUAGGUCCGCUGCAGAGUUGGGUGGAUCUGUUUGAGGGGCGUAUUGUGGUCACAGACAUAAAUGACAAUACCCCUUCUUUCCCUUCCCCCGUACUCACCCUGUCUGUUGAGGAGAACCGUCCAAUUGGCACUCUGUAUCUCCUUCCCACGGCCACAGACCGUGAUUUUGGCCGCAACGGCAUUGAUCGCUAUGAGCUCAUCCAAGACAGCAGAGAUGGGGGUUCAUCUUUGCGACGACCUGCAAAUGGACCCACAAAUGGAAAUGGUGGUGACCGAAGGAGAGGGUCUGACACAGUGGCUGGAACUAGCAGCAGGAGCAGCGUGUUUGAACUGCAAGUUGCAGACACACCUGAUGGACAAAAGCAGCCACAGCUAAUUGUAAAAGGCCCUCUGGACCGCGAGGUUCGGGAUUCUUAUGAACUCGUGCUGCGCGUCCGUGAUGGUGGCACCCCAUCACGCUCCUCACAAGCUCUGUUACGUGUGUCCAUCACAGACAUUAAUGACAACAGUCCACGCUUUGAGAGAGCAGUGUAUGAAGCAGAAAUGGCAGAAAAUGCCCCACCUGGCACACCUGUCCUGCAGGUGCGUGCCACAGACCGUGAUGUUGGUGUGAACGGGCAGGUUGAGUAUGUGUUUGGAGCCGCAACGGAAUCAGUGCGGCGCCUCCUCAGGCUGGAUGAAGCAUCAGGUUGGCUAAGUGUUGUGCAUCGUAUUGACCGUGAAGAAGUUUCACAGCUACGCUUCACAGUAACAGCCCGUGAUCGUGGCCAGCCACCCCGCACUGACCGUACUACUGUUGUUCUCAAUGUUAGGGAUGAAAACGACAAUGUGCCUGUCGUGGAAAUUCGAAAAAUUGGACGUAUCCUUGUGCGGGAUGGUGCCGCAAUGGUUCCAGAGAAUGUGUUGGUGGACACACCUGUAGCAUUAGUGCAGGUGUCAGACCGUGACCAGGGAGAGAAUGGUGCAGUGACCUGCACUGUGGUGGGGGAUGUUCCAUUCACAUUGAAACCAGCUGGUGAGACAGCCCUACCACCUCCACCAGCCACGGACGAUGCCUUUGAACGAAACAAAAAGAAAUAUUUUCUCCACACCUCAGCACUGUUGGAUUAUGAAGCUACACGUGAAUAUAGUGUCACUAUCGUUGCAGUGGACUCUGGUAGCCCAAGCCUCUCUAGUAACAGUUCUCUCCAAGUGCGUGUGGUGGACAUAAAUGACCAUGCUCCAACUUUUGCCCAAAGCCUGGUGGAGGUCCACUUUGCAGAGAAUAAUGCCCCAGGAGAACGAGUGGUUACUGUAGUGGCGGCUGAUGCAGACAGUGGCAAAAAUGCAGAGAUUGCUUACUCUCUGGAUCCAUCUGUAAAUGGAGCUUUUUAUAUAGAUGCCGAUAACGGUGAUAUUCGUGCCACUGGGGCACUGGAUAGAGAGCAGAGGGAACGGUAUGAAUUUCGUGUGAUAGCUCGAGACAAGGGAACUCCCUCUCUGCAGGGCUCUGCUACCGUUGUGGUCCAGGUCACAGACAGGAACGAUAAUGCUCCUAAAUUUGUACAGGAAAUCUUCACAUUCUAUGUCAAAGAGAACCUGCUCGCCAAUAGCCCUGUUGGCAUGGUUACAGUUACCGAUGCAGAUGAAGGGGAGAAUGCAGAGUUGAGUCUUUUUGUUGAUGACGAUGAAGAUGAGGGUGGAAAGGAGGGCAAAGAGGAAAAGCAAGAAGUUUUCUCCAUAGAAAAUAACACUGGUACCAUUUUCUCCUCUGCAUCCUUUGACCGUGAGCGACGUAGUGCAUACUCAUUCCGCGUGCGUGCUGUUGAUGGUGGAGAGCCGCCGCGGUCUGCAACUGCCACUGUCUCCCUGUUUGUCACUGAUGAAAAUGACAAUGCGCCAUCCAUCACAUCACCCGCUAAUGAAUCAUACACCCUCCUGCCACCUGCUAGUGGGGCCCGGACUGUAGUCCGCACAGUCACAGCCUCUGACUGCGACACUGGGUCUAAUGCUGAUCUCCGCUACGCACUUGUAGGUGGAAACCCAUUUCGUCUGUUUGAAAUUGGCUCAAGCAGUGGGGUCAUCACCCUGGCAGAGCCCCUGGAGAGAAGACACAGGGGUCUGCACCGCUUGGUGGUCCGGGUUAAUGACAGUGGUGUGCCUUCCCUUUGUUCCAUGGCAUUGGUGCAUGUCUUCAUCAAUGAGAGCUUGGCCAACACUUCACUGGUGGAUGCACAGGUGGCCCGCAGCCUUGCUGUCCCCCUGUCUCUGGAUAUUGCAGGUGAUCCAGACAGCGAGAGAGCUCUGGGUAAACAGCGCUUGAGCGUUGCCAUUGGAGUCCUAGCCGGUGCCGCUGCCGUUAUACUGGUGAUCCUCCUGGUGGUGACGGCACGACAGUGCGGCGCCCAGGGUAAGAACGGCUAUGAGGCUGGCAAGAAGGAGCCAGAGGAGGACUUCUUCAGUCCACAGCCUCCCCCUCUACAAGCCCAGGGCUCCCAAAACGAGCGUGGGCGCAAACCACGCAGAGACAAGCGUAGCAAUGGUAGCACCAAAUCUGAGCGCUCUCUGUACAGUGGAAUUAUGACAGUGAAUGGCUGCAGACGUGGGGGAGGCGAUGAAGAAGAGGAGGAUGAAGAGGCGAGCAGUGCCAGCAAGAGGAUUGCGGCCCGUUAUUGUGCGGCUGCAGAUGGAGACCCCAGUAGUCCAAGACUUAGCACAAGACGCCACCAAUCAAGUCCCGACCUGGCCCGCCACUACAAGUCCAGCUCACCUCUACCUGCAGUGCAUCUGCAGCCCAACUCACCACCUGUGGAAGGGAAGAAGCACCAGGCUGUGCAGGAACUGCCACCCACUAACACCUUCACUGGUAAUGGCACUAGUAACGCAGACGCCAUGUCACUCAGCUCAGACCAGUGCUCCGAUUAUGGCUGCCAGUCUACGAAGUACAGCAAACAGCCCCUCAGAAGGGUGACAUUUUCAGUGGUGAGCCAGGCUCCUGAUCAAGGCUUCUAUGAUAGUGGGGUGGAGGACUCAGAGACCCCCAGUAGCAAGAGUUCCUCUGGACCCAGACUGGGAUCUUUACCGCUGCCUGAGGAUGGAUAUGAGAGGACAACACCAGAAGGGAGUGUAGGCGAGGAGGAACAUGUGGAGAAUGAUCCCAGGCAGCUACCUGAUGUGGCUCUGACGGGAAAGUGCACCCGAGAGUGUGAUGAGUUUGGUCAUUCCGACACCUGCUGGAUGCCUGUACAACCGUCACCACGGAGACACAUCGAACCACCCCAGCUCUCCACUUUCACCUCGCCCGGUGAUAACAACAACAACACAGAGGACGACAGUGACCGCGAAGAAGAUGGAGACGGAGCCACGGAUAAGAGCAGUGGAGGCAGCGAGGAGGUCCGAGAUUCGCUUGCAAAUGGAGAUCCGCUCGGAACGCUCAGCCGCCGGGACCGCAACAGGAACAUGGGCGACCACAACCGCAAUCUUCUGAACCGUAAAAUGACUUCUGCAUCCUAUGACACGUUCAGCAGCGCCGGCUUCGGAUGUCGGCAGGAUGAGGAAGACUCACACCCCCCAGAGGUCAUACCGCUUACGAGGACAGGGGGUGACUAUAAGACCACCUCGUGUCUCACUCUGUCUCGCAGAGAAGUGUACCUGUGAGCUGCAGUUGGCCUCAGCGGGGGGCAAGGGGUACCAGAUGACCUCUCCUUCCACCAUGGGUCCCCCUGAGCAACUUCACUGCAUUGGAGGAUCAUUGAGAUAUUAGCGCAUACCUGUUCAGUACAGGUUUCUUCUCCUUGCCAAAAAUUCAUUAUACAUUCAUUUCUCUGGAUGUAAAAUAUAGAAAUCAAAGUUGAGGAGAAAAAGUGCAUCAUCUUUUAUUCUUCCAUAACCAUUGAUGGACUUUGGUCACAUUGUUAACGGCAAUCGGUUGCAUGUUAGGCCUCUGGUAGAUAGGGGACGCUUUUGGGAUUAAUGGCUAGUUCUCUGAGAGUUUUCCGCUCAAUUAGUUCACAUAAGGACACAAUCCAGUCACAGACCACAAUCUAGAUAGUCAGUAUGGUAGAGGAUAUCAUGUCAUAAAGGGACAACGAAUCAGAUUGUGGCACAUUACGGAAAUAGUAUUUACCAUGUAGCAUAAAGACAUAGAAUAUCCCAACCAAUCAUAUGGUGAUACCUGACUAUUAAUCUCACUAGUGUUCUGUUGCUGUGCCGGUACAGUUAUUUAAUUAGAGUCACAUGCAAUGUAAAUUCAUUCAUUAGAGACUUUUAGAGAAAAAGGUGAAAAGGUUUCAAGUUGUCAAUUUUUUUUUUUUUUUUUUUUUUAUUUCUCAUUUGUAAAGCUAUUUGUUUUCCUUUUAUUCAAAUAUGGGAAUAUACUGCAGCAUCCAUUACUGGAAUUCAUUACUAUUUCACUUCCGUAAUGGAGUGAUUAUCACAAUGACUGUUAAAUUACCAUCUCAUCAGACCUCAGAGAUUAAAUAAGUCAAAUAACACAACGCAACACUCUGUACGCAGCACAAACACGUACACACACACAAACGCUUACAAACAGACACAAGAUACAUUUUCUGUCUGUAUCCAUUUACAUGCAGGUGUGUGUGUACAGGUGUGUAUGUAUAAAAAGACUGACAAUUUUGGCAUAUCUGAGGUUUUUUUAAGGAAACAUUUUUUGAAAGUAGUUGUAGCAUUUUUGCCUGCUUGAACUUCAGCUAGUAUAUAAGACACUGACAUGUAUUUGAAUAACUAAUCAUCUGUGUAAAGUGCAUACAUAGGGGUAUUAAACAAUGUUAUAUACAUCUAUACUAUACUAUAAGCAACGAAUAUACUGUAUCUCAUCCCUUUUAAGUAGAGCUCAUAUGUAAACCAAAUUUCUUUAAAGGCAACACUGCAUGACGAUAACCUAAUGCUUAUUUUGUUAAAUAAGAAUCCGAUAUUUUGUUCGUUUCUUAAGAUAUAAUAAUCUUGUUAGGAGUGGAGUGUGUGCGGGUGCACGUGUGGGUAUGAAUGUGAAUGUGAAGUAAGAAUGUCUAUUAUGAAUCAACGGAGGACAGCAGUCUUUAAUUUAGCUGGAAAUGUCGUUCAAAAAGCUAAAAAUGACACGCCAUAGUGUUCAAAACAAGUCAUACAAUUUAAAUACAGGCAAAUACCUGGUAUUAUUACAGAAAAAUGAAUCAAGGCAGUUUAAUGAGUCUUUAUUAAUCUUGUAAGACAGCCAUGACCUGGUCUUUGGCAUUGAGUGAGUCUUAUCAAGCCUCUGGAAGUUUAACAUUGAAUUGUGUAAUGGCUUUUUGAUCUCUUGUUAUGCAUUGUAAGUACAAUCUGAUUGAUAAAAACAAACUGACAUGUAUUUCACCUCAGGAAACUUGAGAUUCAGUAUGUGUCCUCGGCCCAUUUUCAACACUGAGCUUUAGUUUGCGCUCUGUCUCUGAUCAAUUUGUCCUCACAAGGCCAUAGUUUGGGGGACCUGUUUUCUUGCUCUUUCUUUUUUUUCAGACACUGUAUCUUUUUCUCUCUCAACUGUGUCGGAAGUGUGUUUUCUGGUUUUCCAUAGUGAGAAUCACAGACUCAUCCCUCUCACUUCACGGAACAGCCUUGGGUCUGGAACACGACUGGUGGACUUCAGUCCAUCUAUGCCAAAAUCCAGUUUUACUGGAAGCGCUGGUGCACAAACUUAGGCCUACCUGAAAAAGACUAGCCCAGAACCUGCAGCUCAGUGCCUGGAUGUGGGGAAAUUGUGGACAGUGCUCCAUUGAACAGGGUUUGUAAAACCAGGACCAGGAGGACUCGAAAGAGGAAAUCUGUUUCUAAAAAUGUGUCCUUUGCCAGGUUUGUAGGCUAAAAAUGCUGUUAUACAGCAGUCUGUAAGUAGUGUACAGAAUGGUGUGCAUAAUGUAUAUGAAAUGGUGUGUCUUCUUUUUUUACUGCACGUUUACCUAACAGUUCUCACUUCCAGAAAAAUGGGGUUGGGAGGGCAAAAUAACAUUGCGUAACAUUCACUUGAACCUUUUUAUGCGUUAAAUACUGAACUCAUGUACUCGCCCAGCAUCCGCCAUUUUACUGCUGCCCUGUAAAGAAAUGACCACUGAACUUUGAACCUGAAAGGCAUGUUGACGGUCUUUAAUCUUGCACCUGUGAGGAAAAAAUGUUUUUUAUUUCUCUGUUUUUAUGCUAUGUGAAAGAGUUUUUGAAGCUCUCUCUCUCUCUCUCAUGGAAUUAAUGAGUUCAUUGCAUUUGUUAUGACAAAUAAAUCAAAAUGGGGUUGGAAUGGUUAGAAAGAUUUGGUAUGUGACAUGUAAAAGUUUGAUUUUGACAUUAAAACACCUUUAAACAGUG